CUGUUGGCUGGCGGUAAGACACGCCUCUGGUACUCAUCAUGUAACAGCUACACACUCAAGGUUACUGCCGUAUUACGGCACAUGCCGGAGGAAGAAUGGACUCACAUCUGACCAAUAUCUGUCGGCCACUCACCAUCUGACAGGAUGCAUAUCGCUGAUUUUGUGUCUGGAUCAUUUGCAGGAGCAUGUGGAGUUGCAGUGGGUUACCCUCUGGACACUCUGAAGGUCCGGAUCCAAACCCAGAAACAGUUCACUGGAAUAUGGCAGUGUGCAGCAGCAACAUUUUCAAAAGAAGGGGUGCAUGGCUUCUUCAAAGGCAUGUCCCUACCCGUUACCACAAUCUCUAUGACUUCCUCAGUGGUGUUUGGCACAUACAGGAACUGCCUGCAGUGUCUGAGCCAGGCACGAGGAGGUGGUUGUGGGAACACCAAGCUAGACGUAUUCCUGGCUGGUAUGGCGGGGGGUAUAGCUCAGAUAUUGGUGAUGUCUCCAGGUGACAUAGUGAAAGUACGUCUGCAGUGUCAGACAGAGUCCAAGCGAGGAAGAACCAACAUGCCCAAACCCAAGUACCAUGGCCCAGUUCACUGUCUGCUGAGAAUUAUCAAAGAGGAGGGGUUCAUGGGGCUCUACAGAGGAUCGCUCCCGCUCAUGCUAAGAGACGGGCCAUCAUACGCCACAUACUUCUUGACUUACACAACCAUCUGCGAAUAUCUGACAGAUAGCGGCAAGAAAAGACCAGAUUUAAGUGGUGUGAUGCUAGCCGGGGGAAUUGCAGGAAUGGCAGGUUGGACAAUAGGAACACCUAUGGAUGUGAUCAAAGCCCGUCUACAGAUGGAUGGAGCUCGGGAGACAAAGCGAUACAAGGGUUUCUAUCACUGCAUCACCGAGACAGUGAGGGUGGAGGGAGUAGGAGUGUUCUUCAGGAGCUUAGGAAUUAACUGUCUGCGUGCGUUCCCCGUCAACAUGGUGGUGUUUGUUACAUACGAGGUUCUCACCGGUUACCUCGAAGCCAGACCUGACAGCGCCGACCCUCCUUGUUUAGGGUUUGAAUAGUAUUUGCUCCAUCCAGUAGUUUGUCUGUCUGUGUUUAAGGCUGAUGUUUGUUUUACAUUUGACAAAGACAUUUGGCAAGAAAAUGUCUGAUGCAUUGCAAUAUUUUUAAUAAUUGAUUGUUUGCACUGUCAUCAUGCAAGCCGUCUGUUACAUGUAUAUUUAGGAAUUAGGUAAGGUAAUGUAUCCUAAUCUACUCAGGAGUAUUGUCAGUAUGGGCACUGUUGGUACCAUAGAUUGGACCAGCAACAAUCUGACCACUAGAUGGCCCCCUUGGCCAGCUUAAUAUCUUUUCUCUUCUUUUGCCCUAUAGAAGAAACAAGAAAACAGUCUACAAGACUGGGGUAGUUUUUGACUACAACAAGAAAUCUCUACAGUUUUAGACUGUUGUAUUAGACUGCAAAAACUUAAGCUAUUUAUAUUCGUAUUCAAGACCUUUUAAGGCCUCGAAAUUAGAAUUUAUGAAUAAGCUGCAGCACGCACAAUUGACAGCAACAAGCAUUUCUUAUUUCCAGCUCAGUAGCAAAAUGGCAAAGCUGGAUAAUCAUAAGUUGAUAUUGUAAACCUUGAUGAACUGGAUUUAUGGAAGUACUUUUCUAUAGAUUGAAUUAUAAUAAGAAACAGUAGAUAAUCAGGUUCUGGCUAAUGUCUGUAUAUUAGUGUAACAGUCUGCAAAAGUAGCUGCUGUUAUGACUAAUGUUGUCCUCAAAGCCAAUAUAUGCACAGUAUAUCAACUCUUAUUCCAUCCUACUCUUGAACAUUUUAAUCACUGCUACUGACACGUGCCGGCAUUUUAAGGUCAGAGUUUUGGUUUCAGACUGUAAAAUCAUGGUUCUUCCACCAGGGAAAACGUGUGCGAAUAAUGUUUCUUGUAAUUUAUUUAAUUAUUGUAAUGUAUGAUUACAACAUGCUCACUGUGCCUUCCAUAAUAAAAGUAUUUCUACA